AUGACACCUACAACUGGAAUAGGUAGAGCUCUUAGAACUAAGAAAUUGAGUCCAACAUACUUAGGUACUUUUCAAAUUCUUAAAAGAGUCAGUCCAGCAACAUACCAAAAAGCCCUUACUCCUUAUUUGUCAAACCUUCACGAUGUUUUUCCUGUUGCACAACUCAAGAAAUAUAAUCCCUACAAAAGUCACAUUUUACAACCAGAGACAGUACAGCUACGAGGCAACUUAACAUAUCAAACUUUACCAGUCAGGAUUGUGGAACGAAGUGACAAACAGUUGAAAGGGAAGACAGUACAAUUGGUUAAGGUGGUGUGGGGACAAACUAGGAUUGAAGAGUACAAAUGGGAACUAGAAGACAAGAUGAGGAAAGACUACCCGUUUCUCUUUUAA